AUGCUCCGCCUUUUUGCCCGCUCUGCGCCGGCCGUCAGAAACGCUUUCUCGGCCCGCGCCAGCUACACCAUCGUCAACCAACGCAACAUGGCUGCCGCAAGCUUUGACCGCUCCAAGCUGUUCGAUGUGUCUCACGUCACGGCCGUUGUCACCGGCGGCGCCACUGGCAUUGGCCUGAUGAUCACCCAGGCCCUGGCGACCAACGGAGCCAAAGUCUACAUCGUCGGAAGGAGACAGGAGGUCCUGGAGAAGACGGUUGAAACCUAUGACUCGGGCUCGGGUCAAAUCAUUGCCCUACCUGGCGAUGUGAGCUCCAAAUCCGAAGUCCAGCGGCUAGCAUCAGAAGUGUCCAAGAAGGAGCCCAACGGCAUCCAGCUGCUCGUCAACAACGCCGGCGUCGCCCGCGACGACCCCACCAAGCUUUCCGGCCGGGGGCAGCCCCUGGACUUUGCCGACCCCGUCGCCGUCUCCGAGCACUUUCUCGCAUCGCAACCCGAGUCCUGGGACGAAACCUUCCGUAUUAAUGCGGCGUCCAUCUACUUCGCCUCCAUGGCCUUCCUUCCGCUGCUCGCCAAGGGCGGCAAAGCGGUUCCCGAUUACUCGUCCAGCGUCGUCAACGUGAGCAGCAUUUCCGGCUGCAUGAAGGGCAGCAGCGGCGGUCAGUUUGCCUAUGCCGCCAGCAAGGCCGCCGCCACCCACGUCAGCCGCAUGCUCGCUACGACUUUUGUGAAGACCGGAGUUAGAGUGAACACGAUCGCGCCAGGCAUGUUCCCAAGCGAGAUGACGACCGGAGCCUCGGACGAAAAGAACAAGUCCAAGCUGACGACACAAGCCUCAAAUCCCUCCGGCCGCUACGGAAACGAUUCCGACAUGGCUGCAACUAUUCUCUUCCUCGCUGGUCACGGAGGUACCUUCUACAACGAGCAAAUUGUGUAUCCAGAUGGAGGCAACACUCUCGUGCAGCCUUCGACCAACUAA